GUCAAACAUAUCACCUGUCGAACCUAUCCGAACCUUAUUUUCAAAACCCAAAGGCACUUUUAAGAGCCAACCUCUAUCUCUUCAUUAUUUUCAAUAUCUUACAUCCUCUCUGUUCUCUCACUAUCUAUAUUUCUGUCCAUCUCUUCAAUCUUUAUCUAUCUCACAGUCAUCUAUUGCUCUUUCUUUCCUCCCUGUCUGUCUUUGUCUACUUGUCUGUCUUACCCAUCUUUGUCUGUCUGUCUGAAUCUGACUGUCUGUCUGUAUCUGACUGUCUGUCUGUCUGUCUGUAUCUGACUGUCUGUCUGUCUGUAUCUGACUGUGUGUUAUAAUGCCAGGGGGGUCUACAAAAAAGAUCUGCCCCUUUUGUCAGGGGAUUUUAUUUUGCGCUCAAAAGAUCUGCUCACAUUGUAAAAAGGAGCAGCCUCUGAAGCAGCGCCUCAAGAAGAAGCUUCAGAGGUUUGAUGAGAAGCGAGAGGAAUGGGUGGUUGGUCGUAAGAAAAACCACAACACUGCAUCCAUCAAGGAUGAAGCCAAUAUCAUGCUUGAGAAACUCCAUGCCAUUGGCUACAAACCAGUUCUGCUACUAGGAAAGGAGAACAAAAAAAAAGAAAUUAAGUGUGAAAUAUUAACGCUUCGCUGCACACUCUCCACCUUUGCCCAGGACUACCUACAGAAGAUAGGUUCAUUUUAUGAAUACCUUUGUGAAGGAUGGACCCAGGAUUCCAGUGGCAAUAAGGAUCAGCUGAUUACUCUGCAGCUCACACCCUGCGAGGCAGAAUCCACGGAGGGGCAAGUGGAGCAGGUGGAAUCCACGGAGGGGCAAGUGGAGCAGGCGGAAUCCACGGAGGGUCAAGUGGAGCAGGCUGAAUCCACGGAGGGUCAAGUGGAGCAGGCGGAAUCCACGGAGUGUCAAGUGGAGCAGGCGGAAUCCACGGAGGGUCAAGUGGAGCAGGCGGAAUCCACGGAGGGGCAAGAUGUCUUCACAGGGUCAGCCAGGGGCACAGUCUCAAAGCGAAAAAAAAAAAAGUCAGGUAUGUAAAUGUUUGUCCGUCCUUCGGAUGAGACGUUAAACUGAGGUCCUGACUCUCUGUGGUUAUUAAAAAUCCCAGGGUGUCCUUCUAAAAAGUAGGGUGUGGUGGGGUGUUGGGGUGUAACC